AGGGGAGGACCUGAAGGGGGGCGGCAGGGCAAAAGGGACCCCUGAAGCCCUGCCGCCAUCAGAGAUCAAGCAUCUGGCAUCAGGGAUCUUCGGACCCAGCAGAAGGAUCCGUCACAGGGGAGGUGUCCUCCCAGGGAAGCCAACGAGACAUUCACCUGCCCCACAUCAGGAGUGGGCCCCCCUCACUGACGCUGCUGGCAACCAUAGCAGGCCCCUUAACCCCUCAGUCUCCUCCCUAUCACCCUCCUCAGGCCCUUUCCCCGCCUCCAGCUCUCAUCUCAACUCCCAGUUCCCAGCCCUCUAAGCCCCAGCGCCCCGGCGACCACCUCUCCCUCCAGGUCUUGGCCACACUCACCCCCAUCCUGGGACAUUUGCCAGAUCUCUGGGAGGGAGAUCGUUUGUUUGGGCGAUGCCCCCUGGUGGCAUGACAGCGUCUGCCUAGACCCCUGACCCCUAGCCCUCAACUCCCUGGGCCUCCUUUGUGUGACGAGCCGCCCCUCUGCUCAGCAGCGUGGUUGGGGGCCAAAGGGAAAGCCAGCCCCGGCUGGGCCCCCGGGCCCCACCACUUAUCUCCUUGCUGGGCAGCUCCCCUUGGCCUUUGGGUCUCUCCCUGCUCCCUCGGCCCUCCUCCUGGGCCGCCUCGAUGAAGGAGCCAGAUGCCAUCAAGCUGUUUGUGGGGCAGAUCCCGAGGCAUCUGGAGGAGAAGGACCUGAAGCCCAUCUUCGAACAGUUUGGUCGGAUCUUCGAGCUGACUGUCAUCAAGGACAAGUACACCGGGCUGCACAAGGGAUGUGCCUUCCUGACAUACUGUGCCCGGGAUUCAGCCCUGAAGGCCCAGAGCGCCCUACACGAACAGAAGACACUUCCAGGGAUGAACAGGCCGAUCCAGGUCAAGCCAGCCGACAGCGAGAGCCGAGGAGAAGACCGGAAGCUGUUUGUGGGGAUGCUAGGGAAGCAGCAGACAGAUGAGGAUGUCCGGAAGAUGUUUGAGCCCUUCGGCACCAUCGACGAGUGCACUGUGCUCCGGGGGCCAGAUGGCACUAGCAAAGGUUGCGCCUUCGUGAAGUUCCAGACCCACGCCGAGGCCCAGGCAGCCAUCAACACCCUUCACAGCAGCCGGACCCUGCCAGGUGCCUCGUCCAGCCUGGUGGUGAAGUUUGCUGACACUGAGAAGGAGCGGGGUCUCCGCCGCAUGCAGCAGGUGGCCACCCAGCUGGGCAUGUUCAGCCCCAUCGCCCUCCAGUUCGGAGCCUACAGCGCCUACACCCAGGCCCUGAUGCAGCAGCAGGCGGCCCUGGUAGCGGCUCACAGUGCCUACCUCAGCCCCAUGGCCACCAUGGCUGCUGUGCAGAUGCAGCACAUGGCUGCCAUCAAUGCCAAUGGCCUCAUCGCCACCCCCAUCACCCCAUCCUCAGGAACCAGCACCCCUCCUGCCAUCGCUGCCACGCCUGUCUCUGCCAUUCCGGCUGCCCUGGGCGUCAACGGCUACAGCCCGGUGCCCACUCAGCCCACUGGGCAGCCUGCCCCUGAUGCUCUGUAUCCCAACGGGGUUCACCCCUACCCAGCCCAGAGCCCCGCAGCUCCCGUGGACCCCCUGCAGCAGGCCUACGCAGGGAUGCAGCACUACACAGCAGCCUACCCAGCAGCCUACAGCCUGGUGGCGCCUGCAUUCCCGCAGCCUCCAGCCCUGGUCGCCCAGCAGCCCCCACCACCCCCUCAACAGCAGCAGCAGCAGCAGCAGCAGCAGCAGCAACAGCAGCAGCAAAGAGAAGGCCCUGAUGGCUGCAAUAUCUUCAUCUACCACCUGCCCCAGGAGUUCACUGACUCAGAAAUCCUCCAGAUGUUUGUCCCCUUUGGCCAUGUCAUCUCAGCCAAAGUCUUUGUUGACCGGGCCACCAAUCAGAGCAAAUGUUUUGGCUUUGUGAGUUUCGACAAUCCGGCCAGUGCCCAGGCUGCCAUCCAGGCCAUGAAUGGCUUCCAGAUCGGCAUGAAGCGCCUCAAAGUCCAGCUAAAGCGGCCUAAGGAUGCCAACCGGCCCUACUGAGGGCCCCCAGGUCUGGAGAUACCAGAGGAAGGGGCGCCUCACACCCUCUUCCCACGACUGGCCCCGGCCCUCUCCGCACACCUGCCCUGGGCCUUGACUGGGUUCUGGGGCAAACGCUGCUUCGUGGCCCCUGGGGGGCACAAGACACCGGCCCCUCCCACCCCCUGCCUCUCUGAAGGGCCGUGGCUAUGCUUCCCUGCCUCCAAGGGCCCAUUUCCUCCUAGAUGCCCUUUUGGCCUUUGUGAGGGAGCGAGGAACAGGCUCGAAGGUUCCGGGGUAUCUGCCUUCUGCUGGGCUCCUGUGACGGGCCUUCUGUGCCCAGCGUUUGUACUUGCCUCCCCCACCAGCGGGCCUGUUGUACCUGUGCAGGCCCCAGGAGAGCUGCAGAGGCCUGCCAUACACUCCCAGCCCACCCUCACCCCAGCCUCUUCCCCACAUUAGGGGUUUCUUGGAAGCUGGCUCUCACUCCCCUCCACCCUCUAGCUAGAGGUAGGAUAUCCCUGACUCUUGGGCUCCCAGCCCUAAAACUCACUGCCUCCCCCAAGGGCCCCCUCUAAGGAGAGUGUGGGGGAGCCCUGAGGGCUGCCUCUCUGCCAGUCAGCCACAGAGACCCUCCUCCUUUCACGAGGAAAAGACCUUCCCCUGAAUCCCUAAAAAUGUUUACAGUCUCUGCUGGUUCCCUCCGUGUAAAUACCACUACCACCCGUGCGUUAUCCAGCCCGCCCGGCCUGGCCCGGACGCUGCCAUCUCUCUUUCUGGGAGUUUAGACAAUGUUGCCCUUGGAUUUUUUUCUCUCUCUUAAUUUCUCCCUUUGCUUUGGGGGGUAAUUGGAUAUUGGGAGGAGGGGUGUGGGGAGGGGUAAAGGGGUUUAUUACCUGAUCAUUUUCUUUAGGAAGGUUUUAGGGAAAAGAAAAUGGGGUGGGGGUGGGAGUGGUAAGGGGAGACCGGGGAGUCAGUUUCAGACAGUUCUCUAUGCUUAACUUAUUUAUUUAUUGCAUUUUACUUUCAAAGAGUUGGUCUUUUCUGUCUAAAUAAAGAAAAAAGUUUAAAAGCAUCAAA